UAUUUGCCUGCAAACUAUGGCUUAUCAAUGAAUUACCGCUAAUAAUGUCACUCGCCGAAAAACUGCAAAACUUUUUUUGUUAAAAAAAAUUAUCAAAUAAAUAUAGAGCAGUGAUGCUAGUGUCGAUAGCAUGGGUGCCCGCUGCAUUGGCUGGGCUCAUUGCGGUCCAUUUUGCCCAGAAGCGGUGCUUCCCUUACUUCUGGAAAGACGUCUUCUACUUAUGGAAAGUAAUCCAGUACGGCGUGAGGCUGGAGCUGUACAAGAGGAGACGCAGGGUCUUCACAGUUCUGGACCGAUUCGUGCAGCGGGCUGAGCAGAUCCCCCGCAAGCCGUUUGUCAUUUAUGAUGGGGUCCCGUACACUUAUCGAGACGUGGACGAGAGGAGCAAUAAAGUCGCUCAUGUCUUUGAGGAGCACGGGGCAGCGAAGAAGGGCGACACUGUAGCACUGCUCAUGAACAACGAACCCGACUUCAUCAACGUCUGGUUCGGCCUCAGCAAGCUGGGCUGCGCCGUGGCUUUCCUCAACACCAACAUCAAGGGCAGAUCGCUUCUGCACUGUUUCAGCUGCUGCGGAGCCAAAGUCCUCAUCGUCGGUGCAGACUUGCUGGACAUGUUGGAGGACAUUCUGCCCAACCUUCUGGAGGACAACAUCAGCAUUUGGGCUAUGAAAGCGGAGAGCUGCCUACCCGGGGUGCAGACCCUGCUGGACAAGGUGGAGCGGGCCCCUGCCCGGCCUGUUCCAGCGGAACGCAGGGUGGUCACCUCCCUCAAGACCCCCGCUCUCUAUAUCUAUACGUCAGGAACCACUGGGCUACCUAAAGCGGCCGUGGUCACGCACAUGCAGUCCACGAAGGCGGCCGCGGGCUUCUGGGCAUACGGCGGUCAUGCGGAUGACAUCAUCUACAUCCCACUCCCCCUAUACCACAGCGCUGCUUCACUCAUUGGCAUCGGGGGGACCAUCGAGAUGGGGGCGACCUGUGUUCUGAAGAAGAAGUUCUCAGCCUCACAGUUCUGGAAUGACUGUCGAAAGUACAACGUGACCAUCAUCCAGUACAUCGGAGAGCUCUGCCGGUACCUCUGCAGUCAGCCCAAGUCAGAGAUGGAUCGGCAGCACAAAGUGCACAUGGCUGUGGGGAACGGCCUGCGGCAGGACGUGUGGCAGGAGUUUCACCGGCGCUUCGGCGAGAUCCGCAUGUGCGAACUGUAUGGCUCCACCGAGGGCAACCUCUGCUUCAUGAACCACGUGGGCAAGAUCGGCGCUGUGGGCCGGUCCAACUUCUUCUACAAGCUUUUUUUUAAAUACGUCCUUGUGAAGUACGACAAAGUCAGAGAUGAACCUGUACGCAAUAAGUAUGGAUUCUGCAUACCUGUAGCAAAAGGUGAAACUGGUCUGCUCCUGUCCAAGGUCAACGCACAGACCCCGUUCUUCGGCUAUGCCGGGAGCAAGCAGCUGACAGAGAGGAAGCUGCUGCGGGACGUGUUCGCCAAAGGGGACAUGUAUUUCAACACGGGCGACCUGAUGGCCGAAGAUAAGGAGGACUUCAUCUACUUCAAGGACAGAAUUGGCGACACCUUCAGGUGGAAGGGGGAGAAUGUGGCCACAACGGAAGUGACUGAAAUCCUCGGGCUUCUGAACUUCAUCCAGGAGGCCAAUGUUUAUGGUGUGGAAGUCCCAGGACAUGAAGGGAGAGCUGGAAUGGCAGCAGUCAUUAUCAGACCUGGGAGCAACUUUGAUGGAAAGAAGCUAUUCCAUCAUGUGCUUGAUCACCUACCAAGCUAUGCUCGGCCGAUUUUCAUUAGAAUUCAGGAAUCGAUGGAGCUGACUGGAACCUUCAAGCAACAGAAGUUUAAACUAGUAGAUAGUGGCUUCAGUCCUUCAGUGAUCUCUGACCCACUUUAUGUCCUGGACAAUGUAGAUAAGAGCUACAUCGUACUGACCAAUGCAGUGUAUAAUCGCAUUGUGUCUGGGCAACAGAAGCUAUAGCAGUAUCAAAAACACACCUUAACACUUUUGUUGGAUUUCACUCCUCAAGAAAGUACUAGCUAUUAAGGUGGGACACUUGUAAUGCUAGGCUUAAGGUCACACAAAAUAAUAUCCAGACGCUAGUGAUGGCCAAAUGAAGCUUCAUGAACCAUUUGCUGUAUUUUGUGACCCCCACUAGAUGGUGCUCUCUAUUCAGAAAAAGGACUCAAAGCAAACCAAUACUGCCAUCAAGUGGGAUAAAAAAAAUACAGCAAAUGGUUCAUGAAGCUUCAUUUGGCCAUCACUAUCAGACUCUGCUCUGAGUAAUGAAGUACUAAAGUAUAAUAAUAAUGUUGUGCCGACGUGUGUGUGGAGAUAACUGAGUGAAGUUUAUAGUAGCCAUAAGUGAGCCACAGUCCUAAAGCUCUGAGCUAAAGCUAAAGCUUUGGCUAUUUAUUCAUAUUUUUUACAUUACUGAUGUCCCAAGUGGUACUUUCUCGCUCCUGUUGUGAAACAGACCCAGGACAGCAGGCAUUAUGACUUCUGGACCAGUGAACUUAUUACAACCUGUCAUUUCCUGCUAUUGUCAUGUCAGUGAUUUGGGUUUUUCACAUGUGACUUUUGUCAUGAAGUCGUAUGGUCUCAGUUGAAAGAUGUGAAAUGAUUACUGUAUUGUUGCAUAGACUCAGAAUGGGGUAUAAUAAGGUUUGAGAACCAUUUCAUUACUAACAUAUCGCAGAAUAUCUUAGAACUGACUGAAUUUUUUUGCUGACAGUUUCACCUUCUAUUUCAGGUAAAAUUUAUUCUGAACUAUUUGCAAGGUUUCAUGCUUAAACAAAACUAUUUAUAAGACAGAAAUAAGCAUUAUGUAACUGUUAUGUACUGGAAUUGAUUAAUGGAAACUUAUGUAUGUUGUUUUUGGACCAGAACGUUGCUUGCAUAGAAAUCAGCUUUAUUGAAUUAAGUUAUUAUUAUUAUUUUUUAAAUACAUCAACUUAAGAUGCAUGGCUGUUUUUUUGAAUCACAGCUGGUAUGGUGGUUCUUUGGGUAACACUAUUAUGUCACACCACCAGGGCUGUGGGUGUAAAUCCUACCCCCAUGUGUGUCUAAGUGGAAUUUGCAUGUCCUCCCUGUAUUUUGUGAGAUACCAUGGUUUUCCUCCAGUCAGUGUAAAGCAGACAUGCAGUCAGGUGAACUUGUGUCCCAAAAUUGCCUAUUGUGUGUGUAUCCUGUGAUGGACUGGCAUCCCAUCCACAUGCCCACCCACCCCCCAUCCCAAACUGAAUAUUAAGUGGUUAUAAGCUAUAUGAAUGAACGGUUUUUAAACCCUGUUAUACCCCAGUCCUGACAGUUUGGUGACAGUUUCUGAUAGGGACCUUUCAAUCAACAAAAACUACAACUGUACUUGGUUUGCACUCAGUGGCCAAUUUAUUAGGUACAUUGGCAAACAGCCUGAUCAUUCAAAGAGUGAAUACAAUACAUACACCAUGCAGACAGGGUUAGGAAAUUCACUUGCUGUUUGGUUAAGCAUUAGAGUGGCCGAGGCACCUGAUACAAGUGGUUUUUGAAAGUGUGAUUGUUGGUGCCAGACAUGGUGGUUCCAGCAUCUCUCCAGAAACAGACGCUCUCCUGGGAUUUUCCCACACCACAGUUUACAGGGAAUGGUGUAAUGAACAAAAAAGCAUUUAGUCAAUGGCAUUUCUGAACACACAGCUCAUCCGGGAUCAAUAGUGGGUUGUACCUUCUACUAGCUUGGUGAACAUCUUGAAGUGGCGACUGACUGUUCAUUGCAUGUAACAAAAAUCUUGAGUUACAAACUGGUCAGAAGUGAGUGUUUUUUUUUUAUUUCAACUAAAAUAACACUGUGCAUUUGUACCCAUAACUAAGGAUGAGAUGUGAUACUCAAAACUCUUCACCAUGUCAUAAAACAUCACUAAAUCAGUAUUUCCCGAUCUGGACUUUGGGGGCCCACAAAGCUGGAAGGAAGCAAAAAUGUGGACUGUCUUGCAGGGGGCUCAGAAGAAGCAAAAUCAUGGACUGGCGGUGGGUCCACGAGGACUGGAUUGGGAAAAAUUGUACUAAAUGUAUGUACUCAGGGUAACCAUGAACACUUACGCGUACUACGUCAUGAUCUCUCAUUACCUCAUUCUACGAAAAAGACAGCAACUGAUGGAAUAAGCUUUGUAUUAUUAGACAAACUGUGUUGCAUUAUACCCUUUAUUAGACUUUUGAGCUAGUUUGAAUUUUUAGGUUUACUACUGUGAAAAGACUGACAGUACAGUGGAUCCCCAAAGCCAGAAAAGAUUAACUUCUGCGUUGGAGAUAUGCUAAACACCGAAGUUCCUUUUACAAGUAACAAUUUUUAAAACAUAUUUUUAUAAUAUUGUCUGAAUCUCUAUAGCAAUUGCGUACAUAUAGAAAAUUCUACUUUUUAAAAGCCAUAUGAAUAACACAGAUGGCUUUUGUUAAUGUGAAUAAGUAUUCGAUGAAUAAAAUUUGAAUAACUGCAUAA